AUGGGUAGAGAUGAUCUUCCUGGUUUUGACUUUGAUCCUGCGGCGAGUAGGGCUCACGUGCAGCCACUUGUGGCGGCUUGUGGUGCCGCGUCUGGCGACCCCAAAAGCAGUUCUUUGCUUCAUUAUCUCCUAUUCGUCGCUACGAUCAUGUACGUGCUUGACGAAGUCGUUUUAAGCGGAAUUGAUGGUUUUGAGCUUUAUCUCGUGUGGCGUGUGAAGACGCAUCGGGAUUUAGAGGGGUGGGUUCGGGCUCUCAGGCUGAUGAAUGCAAAUAGGUGGAGUUUCUUCGCUCUGAGGUGGCAGGACACAGUGGUUCUCGAUGGUUUGUGGGGAUCUGGUAUUACGACUAGAUCCGGUCAACAACAGUCGGAGGCUCUUCUCAAAUGGAAAGCCAGCUUUCUAAAUCAAACCUCCCAUAAUAACCAGCUCAAGGAUUGGAUUUACCUUCCCAAGACUACUAAUACCAAUGCCACCAAUUCUUCCAGCAACCCCAAGGCAAACGAAAGCCCAUGCAUUUGGGCUGAUAUUUCAUGCAAUGCUGCUGGAAGUGUCACCAACAUAACCAUUGCCAGUUUCAGUAUACAAGGUACGCUACAUGAAUUCUCAUUCUUGUCCUUCCCCAAUCUCGAAUAUCUUGAUAUCAGCGUCAAUAAUUUCUUUGAUGUCAUCCCACCUCAAAUCAGUUCCCUCUCAAAACUCCUUUAUCUUGACCUCUCUAAUAACCAGUUCUCUGGGAGAAUUCCACCAGAAAUUGGUCUUCUUAGAAAUCUUACAUUUCUCUAUCUCCACAAAAAUAAUCUUUCUGAUGUUAUUCCUCCUUCGUUAGGGACUCUGAAAUCACUAGUGAAUCUAUCAAUGAGUUAUAAUCUACUCAAUGGUUCAAUUCCAGCAUCACUUGGUGAUCUCAUAAACAUUAACAUGCUCAACCUCUGCAAAAAUAACCUCUCUGGCACCAUUCCAAAAGAGUUGGAGAACCUGAAAUCUUUGGUGGAUCUAGCAUUGAGCACCAAUCAACUCAGCGGUUCAAUUCCAAAAACAUUGGGUGAUCUGACCAAUCUUACCACUCUUUAUCUUUAUUCAAAUAACCUUUCCGGCACCAUUCCGAAAGAGUUAGGGAACUUGAAAUCCUUGGAGUAUCUAGCAUUGAGCACCAAUCAACUCAGCGGUUCAAUUCCGACAACAUUGGGUGAUCUGACCAACCUUACCACUCUUUAUCUUCAUUCAAAUAACCUUUCCGGCACCAUUCCGAAAGAGUUAGGGAACCUGAAAUCCUUGGAGUAUCUAGCAUUGAGCACCAAUCAACUCAGUGGUUCAAUUCCGACAACACUGGGUGAUCUGACCAACCUUACCACUCUUAAUCUUUAUUCAAAUAAUCUUUCUGGCACUAUUCUGAAUGAGUUAGGGAACCUGAAAUCUUUGGUGUAUCUAGCAUUGAGCACCAAUCAACUCAGCGGUUCAAUUCCAACAACAUUAGGUGAUCUGACCAACCUUACCAGUCUUUAUCUAGAUUCAAAUAAUCUCUCUGGCACCAUUCCAAAAGAGUUAGGGAACUUGAAAUCUUUGGUGAUUUUAUUGUUGAGCAUCAAUCAACUCAGUGGUUCAAUUCCGACAAUAUUGGGUGAUCUGACCAACCUUACCACUCUUUAUCUUCAUUCAAAUAACCUUUCCGGCACCAUUCCGAAAGAGUUAGGGAACCUGAAAUCCUUGGAGUAUCUAGCAUUGAGCACCAAUCAACUCAGUGGUUCAAUUCCGACAACAUUGGGUGAUCUGACCAACCUUACUGCUCUUUUUCUUCAUUCAAAUAACCUCUCUGGCACCAUUCCAAAGGAGUUGGGAAACCUAAAAUCUUUGCUGGAUCUAAUGUUGAACGCCAAUAAGGUCCAUGGUUCAAUUCCGACAACGUUAGGUGACUUGCAUAACUUGAAAUUCUUAUACCUCCGUGACAACCAACUUUCAGGCCCCAUCCCUCAAGAGAUAGGAAAUAUCCAAAAGUUGAUAGAUGUGCAAUUAAGUGGAAACCAAUUUUCAGGUCACUUGCCCCAUAACAUUUGUCGAGGUGGAUCACUUACAUACUUUUCAGCAUUUUCCAAUCACCUGAGUGGUCCAAUCCCUUUGAGCUUGAAAAACUGUACUAGUUUACGUAGAGUCUUUCUAGACGAGAAUCAAUUGACAGGUAACAUAUCUGAAGACUUUGGUGUUUAUCCUAGCCUCAGUUUUAUAGAUUUGAGCAACAAUCAACUUAAUGGUGAAAUAUCACUAAAUUGGGUAUUGUGCCCAAAUUUAACAACCAUACGAAUAGCGGGAAACAAACUUACUGGUUCUAUACCAGCUAUGAUUGGAAAUGCAACCCAAAUUCAUGAGCUGGAUCUUUCUUCAAAUGGUUUAGUCGGGAAAAUUCCAAAUGAGUUCGGAAGAUUGACUUCACUGUUGAGGUUGAAGUUGGAUGGCAAUCAACUUUCAGGUUGUGUCCCUUCAGAGUUUAGAUCAUUAAUUGAUCUAGAAUAUCUUGAUCUCUCAGCAAAUAAAUUCAAUGAAUCAAUUCCAAGCUUUGUAGGUGACUUUCUCCAGUUACACUACUUGAACUUGAGCAACAACAAGUUUAGUCAAGCAAUUCCAUUUCAGUUGGGGAAGUUAUUCAACGUAGCCCAACUAGACUUAAGUCAUAACUCACUUGAAGGUAAGAUCCCAACAGAAAUGAGCAACAUGCAAAGUUUGGAGAUACUUAAUAUAUCCCACAACAAUCUUUCUGGUUUCAUUCCAACAAGCAUGGAAGACAUGCAUGGGCUAACGUAUGUUGACAUAUCCUACAAUCACUUGGAAGGUCCACUUCCCAACAUCAAAGCAUUUCAAUCUGCUCCUCCAGAAGCAUUGCAAGGCAACAAGGGCUUGUGUGGUAACUCAAGUUUUUUGCAUCUCUGCAAUAACGAAAGCCCAAAAAAUGACCAUAAACUCGUACUUCUGAUUAUCUUCCUUGUUCUUGGAGCAAUUGCAUCUCUACCCUUUAUAUUUGCUUUUGUAGCAAAAAGGAGAAAAAAGCAUCAGCAUCUAGAAGAAAAAAACAGGGAUGUCGAAAUUUCUUUUUCGAUAUUGAAGUUUGAUGGGAAGACGAUGUAUGAGGAAAUUGUAAGGGCAACAAAAGAUUUUGAUUCUAUGUAUUGCAUAGGGCGGGGAGGACAUGGAACUGUCUACAAAGCAACUUUGUCAAAUGCUAACAUAGUAGCUGUGAAGAAACUCCAUCUGUUUUGCACGGAUGACGAGAAUCUUCAAAAGGAAUUCUGGAAUGAAAUUGGGAAACUAACAGAGAUGCGACACCAAAAUAUUGUGAAGCUUUAUGGUUUCUGUUCGCAUAGGCGACACUCAUUUUUGGUGUAUGAGUAUCUUGAAAGGGGUAAUUUGGCCACAGUGUUGAGCAAAGAUGAGGAAGCUAAAGAACUGGGGUGGAGUAAAAGGGUGAAUAUUGUUAAAGGUGUAGCUCAUGCCUUGUGUUACAUGCACCAUGAGUGCUUGCCACCAAUUGUGCACCGGGACAUAUCGAGCAAGAAUAUUUUGCUGGAUUCUGAAUAUGGGCCUUGUGUUUCAGACUUUGGCACCGCUAAGUUCUUAAAUCCAAACUCAGCUAAUUGGACUGCCCUUGUAGGCACUUACGGAUAUGUUGCACCAGAGCUGGCAUAUACAAUGGAAGUAAAUGAGAAGUGUGAUGUUUAUAGCUUUGGAGUGGUGGCAUUGGAGAUAGUUAUAAGAAGACAUCCUGGAGAUCUUCUCUCAUCUCUAUCAUCUGGGUCGUCGUCGUCAUCAUCGUCAACUGCCUUACCUGUCCAUCCAAUGCCAGUUGUGGAUGUUUUGGACCAACGCAUUUCCCUUCCGACACAUCAAGUUGCAGAGGAAGUGCUCUCGCUUAUGAAGAUAGCAUUUGCAUGCCUGCAUUCCGGUCCUCAAUCUCGUCCAACAAUGAAUCAAGUUUCUCAACAAUUUGAAACUCAUCAAAGGCUGCAUUUGUCAAAGCCAUUACCUAUGAUAACACUAGGUGAAUUGCUUGCUCUCGAUGGUUUGGCUUUGGCUAUCUGA